AAAAGACGGGUCGCCCAAGGCUAUAAUUUCCUGCACGUGAGGAAGAAUAAGAAUAAUAAAAUAAAAAAAAAUAUUUCCUCUCGCUUGGCGAUGAGAUGGAGAAUUUCAGACUCUAGUCCGGUUGUUAAAGAGACAGUUGUGGUUGAAGCUUUUUGGAAGCAUAAUGGAUACACGUUUUUCGAGAUUUUUAUGCCUCAAAAAUUACAAACUUUCGGAAUGUUAGAUCAAAUGGAUUAUUUAGUAAUCUAAAUAAGCAUCGUUCACUCAUCUAGGAGUUUAAUCGAAUUUGUUUUCUCGAUAAACAAAGGAAAUCGUAUUUCUCGCUAACAAAAGCAGGCUAUUCUAAAAGAGUGUUCUUUUUUUUAAAGUUUGUGUGUGCUCCUGAUGUCUUAAGGAUCUAUGUGAUUUUUAAAGUUUAUUUCUUUGAUUCUUUUAAAUUCUCAUAUGGUGUCAAUGAGCUGACUAUAAAAGGACUAGAAUGUGUUCCAACGAAAUAGCUUUUGUAGUAAUUUUGGCUUCUUUAUUUUCUGUUGCAUUUUCAAAUUCCAAUUUAGAAUUUAUUCAAGAACCCAUAUCCCGCCUGGUUAAAACAAGUGAGGGUCGUGCAGUUUUUCGAUGCGAGGCAUCUCCACCUGGUGCAGAAAUUCUAUGGUCAUUUAAGGGUGGACCACUUCCUCACAACCGCUGGAUUAAAGUUUCUGAUCAAAAAUUAACCGUUCUUUUUGGGAAAAUGGACAAUUCAUCGAGAUCUGCACACUUCUUAGAAUUCUUCAGUGAUGCUUAUUUUCAGUGUGAAAUCCGAUUUAAAGGAAAAGCUUUAGUCAGCCCUCCCGCAAACUUAUACAUUGCAGUUUUGGAUGACUUUCCUCCACAACCUCUUCUGCACAUCUCUGCAAUUGUUGGUAACACAGCUGUAAUUCCAUGCGAUCCACCUCAUAGUAUUCCCACAGUUGUCACGGAAUUUUCUUUCAACAAUAAAAUCAUCGACAGAACUACAGGUAAUAAACAUAUAAUGCCAUCUGGAGAUCUACAGAUUUUUGAUGCUAAACGUGAAGACUCGGGUGAAUACAUUUGCAUUGCAAAUAAUCCGUAUUUGGCUGAAAGAGUGAAGUCAAAGCGAAAAAUCAUUCUGCACAUAAUAGAACCAACUGAGUUUAAGGCGGUAUCAUUAGUUAAAACUCCUUCUUCCAAAGUUUCUGCUGCCCUUGGUAGAAAUCUGACUUUAGAGUGUGCAGCAGCUGGUAAUCCAAAACCUACAAUACGUUGGAGAAGAGAUGACGAUAAAGAACUCUCUGAUGAAAGAUAUCAACAACAAGGAGGGAAUCUUCAAAUAAUGAACAUAAAGCGUGUUGAUGAGGGAACUUACUUUUGUGAAGCUUCAGACUCUAUGGGAAAUCAAGUGUUUAAAAGCUGCAAUCUUGAAAUUCAAGAAACACCCCAGAUUUCAAGAGCACCAAAUGAUGUUGUUGUUGAAGUGGGCCACAACUUCACUUUACACUGCCAAAAUAGAGGUCAUCCCAAACCUUCUCUGAAGUGGGUUCACAAUGGAAGAGAAAUGACAGACUCAAAAAAUAGAAAAGGAGCUCAGUUAAUAAUACAGAAUGUCCAUCAAAAACAUGCUGGUAUAUACCAAUGCAUGGCCACCAAUAGUCUAGGAACUGCUAUGGCAUCAGCAACUGUUACAGUUACAUCGGGAAAUGUAUCCCUUGAUUUUGGUUAUGAUGAUGAGGAGGAAGAUAGGGAAACCAGGAAUCCAUAUCAUUCUGAUAGGGAAAGGUUUGAUGAUCAAAAUUCUGAUGAUUCCAAAAGAUCCAAAGAUCACAAUUCUGAUAUUGGAAAAAGACACCACAAAAAGAAACAUUUUAAAGGAGUAAAGUUGAUCCCCCCAUCUAAACCUGAAAUAAAUCGAUUGUCAAAUACAUCUGUGAUGGUAAGAUGGACAGCUGCUGAUGGAGGACUUCCUAUAAAUUUUUAUAAACUGCAAUACAAGGAGGUUGGACGUCGUAAAACAAAUUGGAUGACGAUUGAUGAAGAUAUUGCUGCUCAUAUACACUCUUAUGCUGUUGUUAAUCUUAAAACUGGCGGAGCUUAUCGUUUUCGUAUAGCUGCAGUCUAUUCUAACAGCGACAACAGAGAUGGACCGAUAUCUGAUAAGUUUGUUUUAGUGAAGGACACUCCAAUGGAAAAACCCUGUGUUAUACCUAUUAUUACCUAUGCUGAAGCAGUUAGUCAAUCUGCUAUUACAUUGCAAUGGGAGUAUCAGGAAGUGGAUUCUAUUCAGACUGAUGGUUUCUUCAUACAUUAUCGGGCGACACACAUGGCUGGAAAAUAUUUGAAAGUGUCAGUGCUGGGCUCUAACACUCGAUCUCACAUAAUAUCUCAUCUUUUGCCAGACACAGGAUAUGACAUAAAGAUGCAAAGCUUUAAUCGUGCUGGCACUUCUGAUUUCUCAAAUAUCUUCACUGCUAAAACUAAGGGUAUGUCUUUUAAACUUUUAGAUUUAGCAAUAAACUGUAUGCUUCUCACCUAAAUUUAUUUAACAGAA